AUGUCUUCCAGCAGAUCCAUCGAAAUGAUUCCCCGAAGGAACACCGAACGAGCUCACGCAGAUCAUGGCUGGCUCAAAACUUUUCAUACAUUCUCGUUCGCCAAUUACCAUGACUCAGAACACGAGUCUUUUGGUUCUCUCCGUGUCUUGAACGAGGACCGCGUGGCGCCUCGCACUGGUUUUGGCACCCACAGCCAUCGAGAAUAUGAAAUUUUCUCCUAUGUGAUCAGUGGUUCGCUCGAGCACCAAGAUUCUAUGGGCAACACCGAAAUACUAUCUCGCGGUGCCGUUCAGAUGACCUCCACUGGCACUGGCAUCUCUCACUCUGAGAAAUCCCAUGGCUCUCAAGAGGUACAUUUCUGUCAAAUAUGGGCAUCUCCUCGUCCCGGAGAAGGCAAAGGCAAACCCGCAUAUUUUACCAGACAUUUUACUGAUGAAGACAAGCGAAACCAAUUCAGGCUCAUCGUUGCGCCUUCCAAUUCGUCUGAAGUCUCGCUUGACAGGGAGGCUGAUGGCCCUGCUCCAAUUCGCUCGCAGCUUCGCGUAUAUGCGUCGCUCAUGGACCCUGGUAUAUCCUUCGUGCAUGCAUUCCACCCAAGCCGCAGUCCUGAAGGGCGUAAAGCAUAUAUUCAUGUCGUUCAAAAAUCUGGGUACAAUCCUGGUAACGCCAAGGGCGUCAAAUUGCGCGUUGGUGCUCAAAUCGAGGGGCCGAUAAUCGAGCUCAGGGAGGGAGAUGGUUCAUAUCUAUUUGUGGGAAAGGAUGCUGUACUGAAGGUUGAGAAUGCAGGGGAGGAUGCGGUUGAAUUUUUAUUAUUUGACAUGGAGUAA